CGUACCCUUUGGCGAAAUGAGGUUUCUUUUGGGAUUUUCAGUGCUAGCAUCGUUCUAUGUGGUCAGUCACGGUGAAGCUAAGAUAGAGGAGGAUAGUGAAAUCGCCAAGCGUGCUUAUAUACCAUGCGGCAACUAUUAUUGUCACGAUGGAUUCUACUGCUACAGUGGUAACUGCCGGCCCAUUCGCUCCUGUGGAGCUCACGAUCACUGCCCCUCGGACCAAUACUGCGACAUUCACCUAAGGGUCUGCAGGAAAGGAAUCAGGAGGUGUUAUGCCCACCAUGAAUGUGGUUACGGGAACAUCUGCAAGGGUGGUAUCUGUAAGAAGCGAGAGUGCAGGAAACAUACAGACUGUCCUGAUAACGAGGCCUGCUAUUAUCCGGGCAUCUGCAGAGGCUACCAAGCUUACUGCCACGAGGGAUACCCAGGAUAUUGCAAGGAUGGAUAUGUUUGUGUAGCAAAGAGGUGCAAAAAACGCCAAUGUAAUAGUAAGUACGAUUGUAAGCUUGGUGACCAUUGUGUGGGAGGAUUCUGCAAGCCUCAGCCGGGAUUUUGUUCGUCUGAUGGAGACUGUGACAAAAACCAAUGCUGUGCCAAAGGAAACGAUCAACAUGGAGUGUGCAAGAGUCUCGUCAAACCUGGGCGCGGAUUUUGGUGUCCAUUAAAGCAAUCUGUUCGCGAAUGUCCUUGUGUGCCUGGAUAUGCAUGUGAACAAACCACCACUAGCACCGUCUGGGGAAAAUGUCUGCCAACCGACGGGGGAUCUGGAUCUGGGUCAGGUGACUUUUAGGUCACGUGAUGAAAUGAAGAGCAUCGGGCACAGUCAAUGUGUUCUGAAUUGUUCUAUUGAAUUAAAAUAACACAUCUGAGAUUAUUGUGGGACGUGCUGGUCUUUGUUUGCUCGAUAGAGUUACC